CGCCCCUCUCUGCCUGGUUCAAUUCUCUCCUCUCCACCGUCAGUUCCCAGGUCCUGGUCAGCUCUUCGCAGCCUCAGAGAAGCCAUGGGAGCCUGCCGCAUCCAGUAUGUCCUGCUCCUCUCUCUGCUGGGCUUCUCCCCCUGCUCAGACACUCUGACCUGUCAGGAUGGAUCCAUGAUGAAGUUUGGCAAAAACUUCACCAAGGAAGCAGUUGAAUGGAGGGUAGACACGACUGCAAUUAUGCAUGGUAACACACUCAUGUGUCAGGAGACACUCCUGCUUAUAGACAUAGGUGAAAAAUCUGUCAUAAUGGGGAGCAAAGGCAUCAGCAAGGUUGCUGGUAAGAGCAGAGAUGUCAAGGUGUAUUCCACUGGACCUGGAAUCGUAGCUGCCUCUUACGUCCACUUCUGUGACACUAAUGGGUGCAACAGGGCGAACAGCACCAGUGUCCUUCUUGAUUCCCUGUCACUUUCAGGCCACAAGGAGCCAGGAUCCAUCCAGUGUCCUGCCUGCUUGGAUUUUAAGGGUUCUUGCAAUCUCUCAGCAAAGCUUGUCUUCUGCCCUAAGGACACUAAAUGCUAUGCCGGUUCCUUGGCCCUCCAUGGAGGUAGCCUCAGUACCUAUGUUGACAUUGUUGGGUGCCUGAACUCAUCUUACCAAUUCUUACUGAGCAACCAAAGUACAAUUGGGAUCAUCGAUGUAAAAGAAACCCUUGAGCCAAUGAGCAGCAAUUCAUUCUCACAUGUGCUCGUCCUGAGCUCCCUCCUGGCCUGGAUGUUUGGGCUCAGCCCUCUUCUCAGCCCGUUGUUUGCAGAGAUCUGUCCUCUUUGCUGAGCCCAUUUCUCUGUCAGUCUCAUACCCAGCCCUCCUCUGACUUCAUAACCCAAAGACCUGAGACUGGGCGCUGUCCCUGCGCUGUCGGGCCUCAUCCCUCAGCCACACACCUCGGCCUCCUCCUGCUUAGAUAUGGGAGCCACUGGACUCACCCGGCUCCAGAGCAGACAGCCACGCACUGACCACACAUGUGGAAAAAUAAAGUUGCUGUUGUUUACCAAA